CGUGAGGGGAGUUUAGCCCGGUUAGAAUCAGACAUGGGGGAGUUCAAGGUCCACCGUGUCCGGUUCUUUGAUUAUGUCCCAUCUGGUGUGCGCUGUAUGGCCUAUGCAGAAGAGACCAGCAAGCUCGCCCUUGCUCGAAAUGAUGGUUCUGUGGAAGUGUUAAAUUUUUCCUCUUUUUACUACCAGGAAAAGGUGAUUCCUGGAGAUGAGAGUAGAUCCAUAGAGUCAAUAUGCUGGGCAGCUGGUAAUAGACUCUUCACUGCUGGUCUGAAUGGAGAGAUUACUGAGUAUGACCUUGAGAAACUUUGUGUCAAAUACACACUGGAUGCAUAUGGUGGUCCCAUAUGGAAUAUUGCAGCUAAUGCUUGCAAUACGCACCUUGCAGUGAGCUGUGAGGAUGGCUCUGUUAAGUUGUUUAUCAUUACAUCUGACCACAUUAGGUUUGAAAAGAACUUGGACCGCCAGAAAGGUCGUUUACUCUGUCUUGCUUGGCACCCCCUUGGUACUCACAUUGUCACUGGCUCUGUCAACAAGAUUCAAGUUUUUAAUGCUUCAUCUGGUCAUCUACAGCAUGUCCUUAAGCUAGACAGUCGACCAUUAGCUGGGCGGAAACGUGAAUGUGUGGUGUGGAGUGUGGCGGUAUUAUCCAGUGGACAUGUUAUCAGUGUGGAUUCUUCAGGGAAACUCCUGUUGUGGGAUUUAGAGAAAGGGACACUAAUUCACACACAUUCAGUGGCCAACUGUGACAUCUUGUCACUUGCAGUGUCAAAGGCAGAAGACAGCUUGGUGGUGGGCACUGCCGAAGGAGUUGUCUUCCAGUUUGAGCAUAUAUCUUUGAAGACAGGUGAAUCAGAGAGACAGUGGGUGCGCACCAAGCCAUUCCGCUUUCAUACACAUGAUGUAAGAGCAGUGGCACACAGCAGCACUGCAAUCAUAUCUGGAGGUGUAGAUGGUCAUCUUGUUAUACGUCCCCUUAUGGAGAAGAUAGAAGUAAAAUCAUAUGAAGCUGCGUUAAGAAAAAUCACGUUCCCUCAUCAUCAUCUGGUAUCGUGUGCACAAAAAUCUGGACGAUUGCUGUUUCAGUUCCCAGAACAUCUUGAGCUCUGGCAGCUGGGGAAAACUGAUAUUUCAGGAAGGGAUGGGGACGUCCUCCCUGUAAAAAAGAAGCAAGAACUCCUUUUGAAGCUUAAAAGAAAGGGUACUGAGAGCAUCCGUUGCAGUUGUGUCUCUCACUGUGGGUCCUGGAUUAGCUAUACCACCUCCUCACAGCUUUACUUGCAUCAACUGCACUGUGAAAAGGAUAAUCUAAGCCUACGUCGGGUACCCCGACUCCCUCAACUACCAUCUGCACCUUUAAAACUGUUAUUCAGCCCAGACUCCAAGAGACUGUAUGUGGGAUCAGAAGGAGGUUGUGUGCAUGUUCUGGAGCUCUCAGAUGGAGCUUGUAAACUUGGCCCAACCCUGCAGCCUCUAUCAGAAACCGCAAACCGUUCUUUAAGUUCUGUACAUCUUAUGGCUGUUAGUAUCAAUGGAACCUACUUGGCAGUGGCUACCCCCAGCUCUCAGAUUGAUAUCUACAAUACACAUAUAAUGAAGCAUGAGUGUUCUGUUCCUCGGUACAGCUGUCCACCUAGUGCACUUAGUAUUCACCCGACUACGGAGAACCUUGUGAUUGCUUAUGCAGACCAGCAGCUGAUGGAGUUCAAUAUUAAUCAACGCCAAUACACAGAGUGGGGUCGUCGAGUUCUCAAAAAUGGUCUUCAUCGUGAUUGGCUUGAACGGGACACACCAAUUCUUGGCAUCCGUUUCAAUCCAUCCAGGCCUGAGGAUAUACUGAUGCAUGACAACUACAUGUUCUGUGUCCUGGACAAGUCACUGCCACUUCCAGAUGACAAAACACCACUCUUCAACCAGAUUACACUAAAGCAUCUUUCUGAGAGAGCACAAAAGAGCCAAGCUCAUGCCUUUAAGAUUACAAAGAAGUUUCAGCCACUUAUGUUUAUGGACUUGCUCAGUGAUGGAGAUCUGGUGCUGGUAGAGAGGCCAAUCAGUGACAUUGUAGCUAAUCUGCCACCUCCAAUGAAACAGAAGAAGUUUGGAACUUAAACUUUUACACAGUUUUCCAAAUCGCUUUCACCUCAGUGAGACUAUGCAAAUGUUUUGCUCAGCCAAUUUUACCUCCAUGUUGGAGCUGUAUUCUACUCCCUAUUCCACCUGAGGAACUGUGUUGUCAAAAGAAAAUAUUCUUGUGCAUUCGACAGGACAAGAAAAACAAGAAUGAGAUGGGAUGGAGACAUUUAUAAGACUCAGAGCAUCCAGAGCCUUAAUUUGUUCUACAAUUUUUAUGGGACCUUGUGGAAAACUGCUUUUUGUGUUCUGUACAGUUUCCAGCAGUGUCAGUAAAUAUCUCAUAUUUAUAUCUUUUUAUCUCGAACCAUCACUAAAUGUUUUACUGCUUCCUGUUCAUGAAAAAAAUGUGAAUGAUCUGUUAUAGCGGCCUGAAAUUUGUAUCAAAGUGGAAGUCGAAAUCCAAA